UCAGGUUCACGUAGAUUCCCUGUACCUCUCUACUCACAAUAAUUCCUCACACUAGGGUUUUUAAUUUCACAAUUAUUCCUCUCUCUCCUCUCUUUUUCUCUCUCUCUCAUUCUCACUCUCUUCUCCCUGUGAAGAAGCACUCUCAUCUCACCAGAGCUUAAAUGGACUACAGCUCUGACGAAGAUUCAGAUAUCAGUGACUCUGAGAUAGAUGAGUACUCUCAGAAACCAUAUGAAGAUUUAAGGUCAGGGAAAUACAAGGUUAAACAUGUGAAUGGAGCUCUUAGAUGUCCUUUUUGUGCUGGGAAGAAGAAACAAGAUUACAAAUAUAAGGAGUUGUUUCAACAUGCUUCAGGGGUGAGUAAGGGUUCUGCUAACAGAAGUGCACAACAGAAGGCAAACCACCUGGCAUUGGCCAGGUAUUUGGAGAUUGACCUAGCCAGUGAAGCAGAGCAAGUCCAGCGCCCGGCUUUACCCCAACCUGUCAGUAAACCUCUACAGCAACAUGAUCUUUAUGUUUGGCCCUGGACGGGCAUAAUUGUUAACAUAAAGAAUAAAUCGCACGAUUCUGGACACUGGUUGAAGGAAUUUGCUAAAUACAAACCACUAGAUAUUCAUAUAUUCUUGAUAGACGGUGAGCUGAUUGCUCAGGCUGUGAUAGACUUUAACAAUGACUGGAAUGGUUUCAUGAAUGCAAGUGAAUUUGAGAAAUCGUUUGAAACUGCACGCCAUGGUAAGAAGGAUUGGAAUUUGAAGAAGCUGGAAGCUGGAUCAGACAUUUAUGGAUGGGUUGCACGGGAAGUUGAUUAUAAUUGUGGAGGGCCAAUUGGGGAAUACCUUCGAAACAAAGGAAGGUUGAGGACAGUCUCAGAUAUUGUUCAAGAAGCAUCUGAAAGCCGAAAUAGUAUUGUGGCAAAUCUUGCAAAUGAAAUCGAUCUUACCAAUGAAAACCUUGACGAAAUGCAGUACAAGUACAAUGAGAAGACUAUGUCCUUGAGUAGGAUGCUCGAGGAUAAAGACAGGCUACACAGUGCUUUUGUUGAAGAAUCAAGGAAUAUGCAGCGUAGAGCUCGUAAUGAGGUGCGAAGGAUCUUGGAAGAACAAGAAAAGUUGAGCAGUGAAUUGGAGGCAAAAAGGCGGAAGCUUGAUUCCUGGAGUAGAGAUCUAAACAAACGUGAGGUACUAACUGAUCAAGAGAGGCAGAAACUUGAAGAGGACAAGAAGAAGAAAGAUUUGAGGAAUGAAUCACUCUUGUUGGCUUCAAAGGAGCAGGAGAUAGCUGAUGAGAAUGUUUUAAGGCUUGUCGCGGAGCAACAGAGAGAGAAGGAGGAGGCCUUGAACAAGAUCCUUCAGCUGGAAAAACAGCUAGAUGCCAAACAGAAAUUGGAGAUGGAAAUUGAGGAGUUAAAAGGGAAAUUACAAGUUAUGAAACAUCUUGGAGAUGAAGAUGAUGUAGCUGUCCAGAGUAAGAUGAAAGAAAUGAAUGAUGAAUUGGAAGAGAAAAAAGAUAAUCUGGAGAGUAUGGAGGCCAUGAAUCAACAGCUCUUUGUCAAGGAGCGCCAAAGCAAUGAUGAACUACAGGAAGCUCGUAAAGAAUUAAUAAAAGGGUUGGACGAUAUGCUGAAUGGUCCUAGAACUAAUAUUGGGCUCAAGAGAAUGGGAGAACUUGAUCAGAAAGUUUUUGUGAAUUGCUGCAAGAAAAGAUUUCCUCUCGAAGAUGCGGGGACAAAGGGUGUUGAGCUUUGCUCUUUGUGGCAGGAGAACGUGAAGAAUUCAUCUUGGCAUCCAUUUAAAGUGAUCAAUGCUGAUGAUAAACCAGAGUCCAUUAUAAAUGAGGAUGAUGAUCAAUUACGACAGCUCAAGCAGGAAUGGGGAGAUGAGAUACACUCAGCUGUAACAACAGCUUUGAAAGAAUUACUUGAAUACAAUGCAAGUGGUGGAUAUACUGUUUUUGAGCUGUGGAACUUCAAGGAACAAAGGAAAGCAACAUUGAAGGAAGUCAUCAGUUACAUUGUGGAUAAAAUUAAGCCACCUAAACGCAAAAGAGCAUAGGCAAGAAGUUAGUGUUUCAAACUUUCAGGGAGUAAUGCAUGAUAUCUUGAUUGGAAGAUGGAAUGUAGGAACUUUUUCAUGGGCUUGUUGUAUGAACUUUCAAUCUUGAGGCAUUGUAGCGGAGAAAUAUACAUCUCAAUGGGAAAAUGGAAUGUAGGAUCUUUUCAUUUGGCUUGUUUGAGCUGCAAGGACAAGCUACUGGAUAUAACAGUUGAACAUGAAACAUGUCUGCAAUUCCCAUCAAUGGUAGAUUUGAACAUGUGUUAACACGUUAAUUUAUUUCUAAAUUUCGAUUUGAACAUCUGUAAUCUGAUAAUUUAUUUCCAGAAUUUCACUCAGUACUAUUGAUGAAUCAAUUCUCGCGUAGGAUUUUAUGUCAA